AUGGAUUGUACUCCAUAUCAGAAGGUUCGGUAUGAGACUCAUAUGCUAGCGGUCGAGGCUGAUGACUGGUGGCUAGAGACUCAUAAGAGGUUGAAGAUUGUACGUGAGGAGAUCACUUGGGUUGUGUUCCGUAGGGAAUUCUUGAGGAAGUACUUUCCGGAGGAUGUCCGUGGAAAUAAGGAAAUCGAAUUCCUUGAGUUGAGGCAAGGGAUUAAGUCGGAUGUUGAGUAUGCUGCUAAGUUUAGAGAGUUGGCUAAGUUUUACCAACAUUAUGAUGGACGAUAUGGUGAAUUUUCUAAGUGUAUCAAUUUUGAGAACGGAUUACACCCAGAAAUCAAGAAGGCGGUUAGUUACCAAAAGAUAUGUUGCUUUGCUGAUUUGGUUGAUAGUUGCCGAAUUUAUGAGGAGGACAACAAUGCUCAUUAUCGGUUUAUUAAUGAGAAGAGGGGCUAG